AUGCACAGUUCUGGAGAUACAGAAGAGGAAGUUCCCGAACAAAUAAACAAAACCAACAGAAUAUCAGAAUGUCUUGUUAAAUACAUUAUCUGGCGCAACACACAUCUACGGUCAGAAACAAAGGCCAAGACUUAUAGGAUAGUAGUCAGGCCAAAUAUGACUUACACUGCGGAAACAGGACCUGACAGCACAAGGACAAAAAGACUGAUGGAAACGUGUGAAAUGAAAAUAGUCCGAAAUAUCACAGGAAAAUCAUUAUGGAACAGACAACGUAGCAUAGAUCUCAGGCAAAGCUGUAAUAUGAACAUAAAUGGCUGGACACUGAAGAGAACAAAAGAAUGGUAUAACCAUCUAAGCAGAUCCCGCAGAAUGGGAGAAGGAAGACUGGUAAAGAUAGCACGUGACAGAUCACCAAACGGUCGAAGAAGUAUAGGAAGGCCAAGGAAGAAAUGGAGUGACAACCUGGACAUAUGUUGA